CGCAAUCGUUACCUUCUCCUCCUCUAUUGAAUGCAGCUUCAUCCGCAGGAGAAGAAUUGUCCUCCGCUCUUCUACUCCCCUUGCUCCAAGUACCUCAAAUCAGACCGAAAGAGCCAGCAUCAAGGCUGCAAAUCGGUUCCAAUCCUUGCUGCAAGUUUGAUUUGGCUUGGUUGUGCUGAUGGCAAGCAGUGAUGGUCUGCUAGUUCGUCCACGAUUUUAUCAAUUGAAGCGAUGCAACACAACUGGACUGGAUGAUCGCCUAAGUGCUUUGCCGGAUGAAAUUCUGCAUCAAAUAUUGGCACGGUUGACUAUAAAGGAGUUAGUAGCGACCAGCAUCUUUUCAAAAAGAUGGAAGCAUUUAUUCAUAUUGUGAACAAGGUUAUAGAAUGUUAUGAUGGUAAAAAAUUGAAUAAAUUCAGGGUAGCCUACCCACUGGACGAAGAUUCUAAUUGUGAUAUCAAUAAUUGGAUUGUGUUUGCAAUUGCUAAUGGGGUUUCUAUGUUUGAACUAAACUUCAUCGACAUUAAUUUAAGUACAAGACCUAAUGGUUAUUAUUUGUCUGCUGACAUCUUUCGUGGAGGAAAGAUGAUGGAUAGAAAGCAUAUAUGCAAUCCAUUGUUCAUCAAGUCUAUAAGUGUUGACAAGCACUAUGAGUCUGUUACUGAGUUUCGUUUAACAUGUGUGAACCUUUCUGAUGAGGUUUUUGAGAUCAUGUUAUCUAGGUGUUUGUCUCUUGAGAAAUUCGUUUUGAUGAACAAUUAUUCCUUAGUGAAUGCGAGGAAUUCAAAUCCUCACCUGAAGCUGAGAUGCUUGGAGCUCUACUUUUGUAAAGAUCUAGAAAAUGUUGAAAUUGUUGGCCCAAAUCUUUUAUCAUUCAAGUAUCAAGGAGUAAUGGCAAAUAUUUGCAUUAAGGAUUCCCAGGAGCUUCUUAAUUUAAGGCUAUCAACUGGUAUUAUUCGACUAGAGCCUACAGAUUUUAACUAUCCCGGGGGAAAAGACUUUUUUAUUCGUCAAUUUGCCAGUAAUCUCUCAAAGCUGGAAUCUUUGACUGUUCAAGUGAAUAUCUUUGAGGACAUGAGUGCUUUUGCAAAACUCCCUGCAUUUGCUAAUCUCAAACAACUGGUGUUGGAUGUUAUGUCUUCAGCAGAGGUGCCACUUGGUUAUGUUGCAGUUGUUUCUUUCAUGAAGGCAGCUCCCAACUUGCAACAACUUGAGCUAAACCUACAACGUACCAAACUUGGUGGUUACGAAAAAAGAGCACGAAAGUUAUGUUCCAUGUCGCCGCACCAUAACCUUAAGGAGUUUAAGUUAAUUGGUUUUCUUGGUGAUGCAAAUUGUGUCAAGUUUGUGACAAACUUUCUCAAGCAUGCUGUAGCCCUACAAAAGAUUGAUAUUACCAUUGGCCUUGCGGUAAGAAUUGGAGAGGACACCUUUCUAAAUCGCCAACGUUUGUUCAAUUCACGGAAGGCCAAAAGGUGUGAAAAGUCUCUACAGCAGCUCAGGGAAACACUGCCUUUGAAUGUUCGAUUUUCACUCCAUGGCCAGUUCGCUUUGCUUUUGGCAGGUCAAAUUUCAUAAAAUUUGACCAUAAAUAUGUUCGGAGUAUGUAUUAAGAGGAUUAGAUUAAAUUGUGAUUUAAUUUUAUCUCCACCGGUACCAUUACAGUUUUUUACGUAUGUGUUUCCCAACAUAUUCUUUUUAACGUUUUUCUCUCGUCUUUCAAAAGCGAUAUGUAUUUACCGUGUGGGCAGCAGUUUGGAUACAUUGGCUGGCUUGGAACUCUAGUUAGUAGAUAUGAAUAAUUCUACUCCGUAUCU